ACAAAAUUUCGCAUUUCCUUGAAAGCAGUUGAGGAGGCUUUGCAGCUUGGCAAUGGCGAGGUUCUAAGCGUUGCAGUCGGGGGAGGACUAUUUCCAGUCUGGUAUCUGCUGCCGCUGCCUCUAUCGGGACCUAGCGGUUUAGAGCAAUGGUGGUGGGAACAGUCGUCCGGGUGACGAAUUUGUCAGCGAGCGUCACAGACAAGCAACUGAGAGAUUUAUUUGGAAUAUUUGGAGAUGUUCUGGAAUUGAGAUUGUAUCCAACGACGCCAGCCGGGGUAAAACCUAGGAUUGGCUUCGUGAAAUACGAGGAGCAUGAAACAUGUCUCGUUGCUCAGCAUUUGACCAAUACUCUCUUACUGGAUCGUCCACUGUCCGUAGUACCAGUUCCUGCCGAUGAGGUUCCUGAUGAGAAAACCGCACUGGCUGCGGCAGAACCCAGUGAAGCGUCAGCGCCGGUUUUGGCCACUUCGGCGCUGGCUGCCACUGCCCAAAGCUUGCUUCCGCACCCAACGCCUCCUGCUCAUAUUGGUGCAAUGGGUGCCGUGGGCACUAUGGGCGGUAUGAGCGCUAUGGGUGGUAUGAGCGCUAUGGGUGGUAUGGGCGCCAUGGGUGGCAUGGGCGCUAUGAGUGCUAUGGGCGCGAUGGCCGCCGCUGCUCCUGCUGCCUCCGCUGCGAUGCCAGGAGUUCACGGUGGUCAGAUGUCCUCGCUGAAUUUGGCCACCAUUCAACCAAUUCCUGGUCUGAACCCAAUCAUGCAGUGCUUAUCACCUACGCCAGUGCCUUGUCAGCUGGUGACUGGCAUGCAAGCCAAGGCUGCCAUGAGUCGUGCGUUGUGGGAUGGUAUUUCUGGCCUCGCACCUCAAGUGUCAAACCCGCCUCUUCCUGGGAUGGUUCCUGCUGCUCCGGUGUUGGGAGGUAAUGUGGACCCGUCCAAAAUUGAAGAAAUCCGCCGCACGGUUUACGUGGGCAACUUGAACACUCAGCUUCUCGGUGAGGCGCUGGUUCCGUUCUUUGCAGCACGCUGUGGCGAGGUGCUGUACGUGCGCAUGGCUGGAGAUGAAACACAACCAACUAGGUUUGUCUUCAUUGAAUUUGGAGAGACAAACGCUGUGAGCCUUGCCCUUCAAUACAACGGUGCCAUGUUUGGUGACCGGCCACUCAAGGUGAACCACUCCAAGAAUGCUGUUGUGAAGCCACAAGUGAAACCAGUGGAGGUCGGACAGCGCGAGGUCAUGGAAGCUGUCCGCAAGGCGCAGGCGGCCAUUUCUCAGCAAAUUGAGCCAGUGGAAGAGAAGAAGCCAAAGAAAUCCCCAUCGAAAUCUCCUUCACCCGCACGCCGACGGACAUCCCAUUCUCGCUCUAAUCGUCGCUCGGGCUCCAGAGAGCGUCGGCGCUCAGGUUCCCGUGAGAGGCGGCGGUCUGGGUCAAGAGAGAGGAAGCGCUCUCGGUCACGCGAGAGAAGGCGCUCCACGUCCCGUGAUCGCCGAGACAGGCGCCGCUCCGGCUCUCGUGAGCGUAGGAGAGACCGCCAUACCAGUAGUCGCUAUGGGGAGAGGCGUGAUCGCGACCGCGAUGACUACCGUCGACGGGAGCGCUCGCCUGCAUCCUUCCGUACAAGCCGCCGACAUGCUUCCCGCAGUCCAGAUACUAGAACGGAGAGACGCCGAAGCAGGAGCAAAGAUCGCACAGAGCGCAAGCGUCGACGCUCUAAGUCGCCGGAGACACGCCGCACCAAACAUCGCUCUCCAUCGAGUUCACCCUCCCCAGACCGCCACAGCAGCCGAAAGCAUAAGCGCCGUGAUCGCAGCAAGGAGCGUAAGCGUCGUAGGGCCAGUUCAUCACCUCCACCUCGCCCUCCUCCGCCGACUGCAGCCGCUGCAGAUGAGGAUGAGGACGACGAUGAGGAGAUGUCUAUGUCAGAGAGCGACUAGGCUAAAAGGGAUACGUUGCACUUGUAUUACUGUCCUUGCGUCUUCUACGUCUUCCUUGCUGUGUAUUCUGUACGGUUUUCUGUACGGUUUUUGUUCUCGUUUUAUGCGGAUGGUUCUAGGCUAGACAUGCUUUCCGAAUGGUCUCAACUUUGUUUGCAGAUGUGCAUGAGGACAGUAGCAGGCGA